UGACGUAAGCACUGGCGGAGCAAAGAGUGGUGGGCGGGGUUUUCCAGAGGUGUAGAGCCCAUAGGUCGGCAAGUGAUGAGAUGUAGCAGAGCCUUCACUGCUCAAAAUGUAGUACAAAGCAGACCUAAACAACCCAUUUCUUCAAUGGCCUUUAUUAAUCCAUGAUGAGAAAGCAUGCACAGUUUUAUGAAAAGGACAAAGCUGUUCUCAUGAUCCUGGUUUGGGGAACUUGUUUUCUGCUUCCCUGAGUCAUUAGUGGUUUAUGGGUAAUUCUGGAUUUUUCCCCUGAAUACUUCGCUUGGUGUGCUUCAGAGGAAACAUGGCCCGAAACUCUCGCCGUGGUUCCAAGUACAAGGUAGAUGCCAACCAUGAUUCUGAAUUUGGCUGCACGCUCCAAGAUCUCCGAUCGCUUAUGGACCUUAGAGGCACCGAUGGAUUACAAAGAAUCCAGGAGUGUUAUGGAGAUGUUCAGGGAAUCUGCUCCAGGUUAAAAUCAUCACCUACAGAUGGGCUAAGUGUAAACGCUGAUGACCUUGCAAGAAGAAAAGAAGAAUUUGGAAAAAAUUUCAUACCUCCAAAAAAGCCAAAAACAUUCCUUCAGUUAGUGUGGGAAGCACUGCAAGAUGUGACACUAAUAAUUCUGGAAGUUGCAGCCAUGAUAUCCUUAGGCCUUUCCUUUUAUAGACCUCCAGAUGCUCAAAGAGAAAAUUGUGGAAAAGCUACAAGAGGAGUGGAGGAUGACGGUGAAUCAGACACAGGUUGGAUAGAGGGUGCUGCUAUCCUUUUGUCAGUCAUCUGUGUGGUGCUUGUCACUGCCUUUAAUGACUGGAGCAAAGAAAAGCAGUUUCGUGGCUUGCAGAAUCGCAUCGAACAGGAGCAGAAGUUCACAGUGGUACGAGGAGGCCAAGUCAUUCAGAUCCCUGUGGUUGAGAUUGUGGUUGGAGACAUUGCCCAAGUAAAAUAUGGUGACCUCCUUCCUGCUGAUGGCAUUCUAAUCCAAGGAAAUGAUCUUAAAAUUGAUGAGAGCUCUCUCACAGGAGAGUCAGACCAUGUCAGAAAGGCAAUCGACAAAGAUCCCAUGCUACUAUCAGGCACUCAUGUUAUGGAGGGAUCAGGAAAGAUGUUGGUCACCGCAGUGGGCUUGAAUUCUCAGACUGGUAUCAUCUUCACCCUCCUGGGUGUAGGAGAUGAUGAAGGAGAGGAUGAAAAAGAAGAAAAGGAGAGGAAGAAAAAAAAGAAGGAAGAAAAGAGGAAAGAAAAAGAGAGGCAAAAGAGGGACCAAAAAAACAAACAAGAUAAUGUAUCAGAUAAAUACAGAGGUGGCGUAUCUGCUGAAGGCCAGCUUCUCAAUAGUGAGGAUGGGACAGUGGUUGAGGAGAAAAAGAAAUCCAGUCUGGAAAAGAAAGAAAAAUCUGUACUUCAAGGGAAACUCACCAAACUAGCUGUGCAAAUUGGAAAAGCAGGCCUUUUCAUGUCAGCCAUCACAGUAAUUAUCUUGGUUGUGCUGUUUUUGGUGGACACUUUCUGCAUCCAAGGGAUUCCAUGGAUUAAAGACUGCACUCCUAUCUAUAUCCAGUUCCUUGUCAAGUUCUUCAUCAUUGGAGUCACUGUGUUGGUCGUUGCUGUGCCUGAAGGACUUCCUCUUGCUGUCACCAUCUCAUUAGCAUACUCGGUUAAAAAAAUGAUGAAUGAUAACAACCUGGUCAGACACUUGGAUGCUUGUGAGACGAUGGGCAAUGCCACUGCCAUCUGCUCAGAUAAGACUGGCACAUUAACCAUGAACAGGAUGACUGUGGUGCAGGUGUAUGUGGGAGAUCGAUACUAUAAGAGAGUGCCUGAACCUGAUCUCAUUCAAAGCAGGAUCUUGGAUCUGUUGAUCACUGGCAUUAGUGUAAACUGUGCAUAUACUACUAGGAUCAUGCCACCUGAGAAGGAAGGUGGACUACCUCGUCAGGUGGGGAACAAAACUGAAUGUGCCUUGAUAGGAUUGACCCUUGAUUUGGGCAGGGACUACCAAAUUAUCCGCAAAGAAUAUCCGGAAGAGAGGCUUUUUAAAGUAUACACCUUCAAUUCUGCGAGAAAAUCCAUGAGCACAGUGCUGAGAAAUUUUGAUGGAAGUUACCGGAUGUUCAGCAAAGGAGCCUCUGAAAUUCUUCUAAAGAAGUGUUGUAAAAUCUUAACAGCUAAUGGUGAUUCCAAGGUAUUCAAGCCCAGAGACCGAGACGACGUACUGAAUAAUGUAAUUGAGCCCAUGGCUUUAGAAGGUUUGAGGACAAUUUGCCUGGCCUACAAGGACUUUCCUGCCACAGAGGGGGAACCAGAUUGGGACAAUGAAGCUGAAAUUCUCACAGGCCUCACCUGCAUCUGUGUUGUGGGCAUUGAAGAUCCUGUACGGCCAGAGGUCCCUGAUGCCAUUAAGAAAUGUCAGCGGGCAGGAAUCACAGUGCGUAUGGUCACCGGGGACAACAUUAACACUGCCCGCGCUAUUGCCAAUAAGUGCGGCAUCCUACAUCCUGGAGAUGAUUUCCUGUGCCUUGAGGGCAAAGAAUUCAACAGGCGAAUACGCAAUGAACUAGGAGAGAUUGAACAAGAGCGUAUUGACAAGAUUUGGCCGAAACUGCGUGUGUUGGCAAGAUCCUCUCCAACUGAUAAGCAUACAUUAGUAAAAGGAAUAAUUGAUAGCACUGCUCUAGAGCAAAGACAAGUAGUAGCUGUAACAGGAGAUGGAACAAAUGAUGGCCCUGCCUUGAAGAAAGCUGAUGUUGGUUUUGCUAUGGGCAUUGCUGGAACAGAUGUGGCCAAAGAGGCCUCAGACAUCAUUUUGACAGAUGACAACUUCACUAGCAUAGUAAAAGCUGUUAUGUGGGGACGGAAUGUCUAUGACAGCAUCUCAAAGUUCCUGCAAUUUCAACUUACAGUCAAUGUAGUGGCUGUUGUUGUGGCAUUCACUGGGGCUUGCAUCACACAGGACUCUCCACUAAAAGCAGUUCAAAUGUUGUGGGUAAACCUGAUCAUGGACACGUUUGCAUCACUGGCUUUGGCCACUGAGCCGCCCACUGAGGCUUUACUGCUUAGAAAACCCUACGGUCGCAACAAACCCCUCAUCUCCAGGACCAUGAUGAAAAACAUUUUGGGUCAUGCUGUAUACCAACUCAUUAUCAUCUUUACUCUGCUGUUUGCUGGUGAGAAGCUAUUUGAUAUUGAUAGUGGCAGGAAUGCUCCUCUGCAUGCACCUCCUUCAGAGCACUACACAAUUGUCUUCAACACCUUUGUCAUGAUGCAACUCUUCAAUGAGUUAAAUGCUCGCAAGAUCCAUGGUGAGAGGAAUGUUUUUGAUGGCAUCUUCAACAACCCGAUCUUCUGUUCCAUAGUUUUUGGAACAUUUGUCAUCCAGAUUGUUAUUGUUCAAUUUGGAGGAAAGCCCUUUAGUUGUGUAGGACUUACAGUUGACCAGUGGCUUUGGUGUGUUUUUCUUGGCUUUGGAUGCCUUAUCUGGGGUCAGUUGAUAACCACCAUUCCCACAAGUCGGCUGAAGUUUCUGAAGACUGCUGGCCAUGGAACCCAGAAGGAGGAGAUCCCAGAGGAGGAACUGGAGGAGAUGGAGGACCUAGAUGAGAUAGACCAUGCUGAGAUGGAAUUGAGGAGAGGGCAAGUCCUCUGGUGUAGGGGCCUCAACAGAAUACAGACACAAAUCCGUGUGGUGAAUGCCUUCCGUGAAGCCUUGUCCCCUUAUGAAGGAUUAGAGACCCCAGAAUCGCGAAGCUCUAUCCACAACUUCAUGACCCACCCAGAGUUCUGCAUUGAGGACUCCGAUCUGGCCAUCCCCCUAAUUGACGAAAUGGAGAUUGAGGAAGACGGACCAAGAAAACACAGUUAUGUGCCAUCAGCCAUUCCUUCCGGCAUAUCUUCACCUAACCAGAACAAUAAUUCUGCCAACAGCAGAACAUUUCAACACUUCAAGGACUUAAAGACUGCCAGUCCUCAAACCCCUGGUAGUCCGAUGCACAAUCUGGAGACAUCGUUAUGAUUUCACUCAUGCUAAAAACCCUGCUUUGAUCAAAUGUAUACCAACCAUGUUACGACCGUGUCAACAAAGAGCACAACCAGGUGAACAUAAUUUCUUCAAGUUGUAUAUUCCUGGCUCAAAAUCUCAUUGUUGCCACUAAACAAUAUUUAACCAGUCACUGCCUGAUGUAAUAAGGGUGUGCCUUUCAGUCCAUACUUGGACAUUUUUUCCCAGAUACAUUGCAGCUUUGCAUUUUAGUUCACAACGGUUUACGUAAGCACAUCAUGAAGCCUGUAGCUGCACCACAUGCAGCAGAUUUUGUAAUAAAUGCGUAGUCUGCUAAACUACAUAGUUCAGAGCUUAUUUGAACUAAUAUUAACAAACUACCGAAUGCUUAUAUAAAUUUCAGCAAAUAUUGAUAGAACUUUUUUUUUUUUUAACAGAUAAACCAUUUUGAUUGCAUUUAUUCAGUGCAGCACAAGAUAUUUUCAGGCAAACCAAGAAUCAGAGUUUGGGUGUGAGUUUAAUAUUACUGGGUAAAACAAAUUUUCUAAAAACAACAAGGUGAUGUUGGUCAACAUAUUUGAAGAAAUUAUGUUCACAGAUGAAACAACUUUUCUGUCUGCGACUGUAUUUGGUAUGGAAAUGUAGUUCAUGUUUUGAUUGGUUUGUAAAUAUUUUCAUCCCAGGGGAUUUAUGAAAAUAAAAGAUUAUGGUUUAUGCA